AUGGAGCUAGUGUGCAGAGUAAUGGCCUGUGGAUUAAGUCAGUUGGGUUCUUUGUAUAAUUUUCCAGCCUCCCCAAAACAAAGCAAGUUUCUUGUCAUAGGAAUAUUAUCAGCCCCCGAUCACUUUGAGCUGAGAGAAGCUGCACGGAAGACAUGGAUACAGAAUAUUGGAAGUGAUGCUUUGUACUAUUUUCUAAUAGGAAAACACAUGUGUCCUGUGCCACUAGAAGACAGAAUUGACGAAUUUUCAUGCAAAGAGUCUGCAAUUUUCUUUCCAGCGGGCAAUGAAGUUUUACUUCAGUCUGGGAAUGUCACAUGUUAUGGUGAAAAGAUGGAUGUGCCAAUAUAUCCUAGUUAUUCAUUUACUGUUGAACAUGAUAUAGUCAUUCAGCGUUUAGGAAUAUUAAAUGAAUUCUCUAAGCAAACUGUCAGAGUAAAUCUUAUUGAAGCCGCAACUGGGCUAAAGUUAACAUCAGCAACAUUUUCUCCUGACAAGACAUCCAAUUUCUCAAGUAUUCUUUGGAAACCUGUAGAGCGCUAUAGAUUACCUAAAGGAUUUGAAGGGCGAAUCACUUUGGAAACCAAUGCUCACUCAAGAGACUGGCAGAGCAAUUGUGGAUUUAACUGGAAUGCCUCUGGAAAUGUCCUUGCAUACCAUCUUGUGUGGUCUUCCCAAGGGCAAAUGGUUCGAAACUUUCAGAACUCCCUCUCAGCUGUGGUGGUUGGUUUUGAAUUGGCAGAUUUUAUUAAUGUUCCAGAUAGUGAUAAUCUGACUACUUUCCUGAGACAAAAAUCUCAGAGGAAAAACCAAUGGGCCAAACAGAUUGAAUUCAUAAACCAAAAAUUAAAUGAAGAGUCCUCAAGAUCACAUGAUAUUUUGUACCUGGAUGUAGUAGAUGUGUACAGAUUGCUUCCAAAGAAAAUGCUUAAUUUCUACAAAUGGGCUGACCAAAACAUAUACUUUUCGUAUCUGCUCAAAACAGAUGAUGACACCUAUAUUAAUAUUCCAGAAGUAAUGAAAGAACUCUAUUCACAAUCCACAAAGAACAGAGAAUUUCCUGAUCAAAUUUGGUGGUGGAGUGCUUUUCGUCAAGGCUGGCCUGUACAGCUGUCAGGCAAAUGGCGAGAAGGAUCUUAUCACUCUGUAACGUAUCCUCCGUUUCCUUGUGGAGCAGGAUAUGUGUUAAGUCAUGGUGCUGUAAAUUUCCUCAGUAAAAUUGCAGAUACACUUUAUACAAAAUUUCAAGGAGAAGAUGCAGCUCUUGGAAUAUGGUUAGCUGGUACUAACCCUCAGAGUACACUCAAUCGAACAGCUUGUUUUUGGACAUGUGAUAGCUCACAAGAUAAAUAUUCUUGUAAUUAUCCACAACUCUCUGUUCAGCAAAUGCUGCAGACACAUCAACAAAUUCAAAGUAAUUUUUUUGAUCAGUAGUGAGUCAUAACAAGGGUUGGAAAAAUCUGUUUUAAAAAAAACAACAAAAAACCAGUGGGUAUUUUUAUUUUAAAGAAUGUUUUAUCCCUGGAGGAGCCAGAGUAUCAUCCCCACUGGAUCAUGAAAUUCAGUGCUGACCUACAUCUCAGCUUAAGAGGAAAUUUCCCUAACCAGCCUUCCUCCAGCACGGUACCACCGAGCCAGGAUAAGUUCUAAGCUCCCAACUGGUCUCCCAAUGUGAGACAGUAGAACAUAUUAGGGGAUAAGACAGGUCAAGGAUGAGGAAGGUAAGAUUACUCGCUGUUCAUGGCCCAUGUAUUAGGUACUUUCCUAGAAUAUGCCUGAUAAUGAUUCGAGAAACCAUGGUAGACUAUCGAUCAGCUGGCUCCUAGAAUCCUUCUCCAGAUAGUGGUUGAAUUGAACUUAGAUAUGCAGCUAAUGUAAAAAAUCUGCCACCAUUGGGACUCAAACUUAGGAUUUCUCAGUCAAAGUCCCAGUCCUGCAAGACAAGAUUAACGUUGGUUCUGACUUUACUCACUCGGUUUUAUUUUGUGUUUGUUCUGAUGAAAUUAAAGAAGUCGAUACUAGCAAGAUGAAUGAUGAAGUAUGAAUUUUAUGGUCAGUUUACUUUGUAUUGUAGUUUUGUUGUUUUUCAUACUUGUGUGUAGUAAUUGAAUUUUAGUUUUUAAUGGAUAUUUCGAAACAUAAAAUUUUAUGUUUUGUUAUUUUUUAAACAAUAAAAUAAAUCAUUAAAACUUUUCAGUGUUUUUCAAGUUUUUUUUACAUGUUGUUAACUUGGGUGGUUUAAUUUAGGCUGGGCAAAAUUUACCCAACCACCUAGCCUAGCCUUUGUUACUUGCUGGACAAUAAGAAGUACUUCUCACUUUAUCUAGUCUCAAGUAUUUUGAGCACUCUGUGCAAAAAAACACACAAUCUGUAUUUUUUUGUCACAUUGCUCUCUAAAAAUUCGUACAACACUAAACUUAGACUAAUCUUCUGUUAUGCUAGUUGGUCAAUGAGAUCAGAUCCAUCACUUGGAGGUUUGAAAACUAGCAAAUACAGAUUUAUUGUCAGUUUACUGUAUUUGGUACUUGUAUUUUUUUUUAUUCUUCUUUGAGUUUGUUGUGACAAUUAAAAUUUUUAAUGGAUAUUUUGAUUCAUAAAAUUGUUUGUUUUGUUAUAUUAUUUGAAACAAUUCAAGACUCAUUAAAACAUUUAAGUAAGUUUUGUAGUUGUUUUUAUGUAGAAACAAAAAUAUUGAGAAGUAAGCACUAGCAUGUAUUACCUAAAAUUAAAAUAAAAAAUACUUUUUAAAUAAUAUUUUUCUCCACAUUUACUUUGCAAUUAAAUACAAGCACCACAAUACAAGUAUGUCUGCGAAUGUGACUGCCUAAUCAGAACACGUGUCAAGUAUGGGCAAAGUGUGCUACAGUUUGCUCGUACUGACUUUAGGCAAGUUAGGUAGACCCUGCCUUGAACAAGAACUAGAUUGAAUUCAUUACA